GACAGAGGGAGAGACAGAGGGAGAGACAGAGAGAGAGAGAUCCUCCUUGGCACGCACCGCCUCCGUGGCAGUGAAGCUGUGACUGACUGACUGACUGGCUGGUGUAUGUGCGCUUUCCGGGGCGACGCACGCUCCCGUUUAAUGUUUCCACACCUUUUUCUUCCCUCUUCUCUGUCAUCGCGGGGACGGCAGAUGGUUCUGUAAGCUUUUCCUUUCCCCCGCGUCCAGUCAGCAUCCACCACCACCUCAGCAUCGGAUUCUGCUCCCCCUCUGCUGCUCUCUCCGCCGGGCUGAUCCGGGGCUGAUCCGGGGCUGAUCCAGCCAGCCUGGGCCGGGCCGUGCAGGGGCUGAAGCUGGAGCGGAGAUGUGGGCUCAGACUCCUGGGACCUGGGGCUGCUUCUGGUGGUGGCUGGUGUCCAUCGGGGCGGCGGUGGUGGGCUCGGGGGGUCCGUGGAUGUCCGCGGAGGCAUGUCCCUCCACCUGCUCCUGCAGCAGCUCCAGGAUCUCCUGCGUGGACCCGGAGGAGGGCAUCCAUGUGUUCCCCGUGCUGAGCGAGCUGGAGAUGGAGAACAUCACCGACAUCUACAUCGCAAACCAGAGCAGCUUCUCCUCCAUCAACGACAAGGACCUGCACUACUAUAGAAACCUCAGGAACUUAACGGUGAUCAACAGCAGACUAACGUACGUGUCAAAGCUGGCCUUUCAGAACAAUUUCAAGCUACAGUACCUGAAUUUGAAAGAUAACAACUUGUCGUCUCUGUCUUGGAGGAUAUUCAAACACCUCAACAUUUCAUACCUGAUCCUGUCAGGAAACCCUCUGCACUGCUCCUGUGAGAACAUGUGGAUCAAGCUGUGGUUAGGAGAGGAAGCCGACACUCAGGAUCUCCGCUGCAUUGAGGAUGGAGGAGCGCGCAAGCUGAUGUCAAAGCUGAUACUGCCUAACUGUGAGGUUCCCAUGGUAACGUUGAGCCCCUCCAACGGGACUGUAAAGGAAGGGGAGAACCUGGCGCUGUCCUGUACCACCUCUGGAGUGCCCUCGCCGCAGCUGAUCUGGAACACGGCAGCCGUCACUAACUAUGAGAUCGUAACAUCUGGUCAGCUCUCCUGGCUGCGGCUGUCCAACCUGUCAUCUAUGGCUCACAACAAAAAGAUCACCUGUACAGCUGAGAACAUCGUUGGAGAGAAGGAGGCCUCUCUGGUGCUGGAUAUACUUUUUCCACCUAAAAUCAUGAAGCUGAGUGAUGCAAUCUCAGACCAUCACUGGUGCAUCCCCUUCAGUGUUGCAGCAAACCCACUGCCAAAAUUUAGUUGGUAUCUGAACGAUGUGAAGGUGACAGAGGGGCCAUACAUCAUGACGAUAAUACAUGACGUCACAGAUAGAGAAUAUCACGGCUGCCUGCAACUGGACAAUCCCACACACUUCAACAACGGGCGGUACACGCUGGAGGUUGUAAACGAUCACGGCUUGGACCGAAGGGAUGUGGAGGCUCACUUUAUGCACAGUCCUGGUGAGGAUGGAAUCACGGAUCCAUAUUAUUAUGGUGAGUAUGGUACUGAUGGUGCGUUACAUACCCACACAACAUUGCAGCUUUUUUUCCACAUUGUGUCCAUGAUUUGCAUGAUUGACAGUAUUGGUGAAAUACCCACAGAGGGCCCUACUGUAGACCCAACUGAGGACAGAGUUGCAGUGUACGUAGUGGUGGGCAUUGCUGCUGUCGCCUUCACUGGUUUCCUUCUAAUGCUGGUGAUUCUCAAGUUUGGAGGAAACUCCAAGUUUGGCAUCAAAGGACCCUCUUCAGUGAUCAGUAACGAUGAUGACUCAGCUUCCCCACUUCACCACGUCUCCAAUGGUAGCAACACUCCCUCCUCCUCAGAGAUGGGCCCUGACGCAGUCAUCAUUGGGAUGACCAAGAUCCCAGUAAUAGAAAACCCUCAGUACUUCAGGAGUACCAACAGCCUGCUCAAGACUGACACAUUCGUCCAGCAUAUCAAGAGGCACAACAUUGUUUUGAAGAGAGAACUGGGAGAAGGAGCGUUUGGAAAAGUCUUCCUUGCUGAGUGUUACAACCUCUCACCCGACCAGGAGAAGAUACUGGUGGCUGUUAAGACACUUAAAGAGGCCAGUGAAAAUGCCAGGAAGGAUUUCCACCGUGAAGCAGAGCUGCUGACCAACCUGCAGCAUGAACACAUUGUCACUUUCUACGGAGUCUGUGUGGAGAGUGACCCUCUCAUCAUGGUCUUUGAGUACAUGAAGCACGGAGACCUGAACAAGUUCCUCAGGGCUCAUGGUCCAGAUGCAGUUCUGAUGGCAGAAGGCCAGACCACCAGACCUGUAGAGCUGACCCAGUCUCAGAUGCUGCACAUUGCCCAGCAGAUAGCAUCCGGCAUGGUGUACCUGGCAUCACAGCACUUUGUCCACCGCGACUUGGCCACCAGGAACUGCCUGGUUGGCGAGAACUUGCUGGUAAAGAUCGGAGACUUUGGCAUGUCCAGGGAUGUGUACAGCACUGACUACUACAGGGUCGGAGGUCACACCAUGCUGCCCAUCCGCUGGAUGCCCCCUGAAAGCAUCAUGUACAGGAAGUUCACAACAGAAAGUGACGUCUGGAGUCUUGGAGUUGUCCUCUGGGAGAUCUUCACUUAUGGAAAACAGCCUUGGUACCAGCUCUCCAAUAAUGAGGUGAUAGAGUGCAUAACUCAAGGCAGGGUGCUCCAGCGCCCUCGCACAUGUCCGAAGGAGGUGUACGACCUGAUGCUGGGAUGCUGGCAGAGGGAGCCGCACAUGAGACUCAACAUCAAAGAAAUCCAUGGUCUGCUCCUCAAUCUGGCCAAAGCCUCGCCCGUUUACCUGGAUAUACUGGGAUGAACACAGGAGCAGGACAAAAGAGUUUUGGAUGUGAGUGCACUGUGUGUAUGUGUGUGUCUGUGUGUGUGUCUGUGUGUGUGUGAGUCAAGAUACGGAUAUCUAAGUGUGUAAGUGCAUUUAAAGAUCCAUGCAUGCAUGUGUGUGCAGGGCUGAUCAUUGUGACAUGAAGUACGUGAUGUGGGCGUGUGUGUGAGUGUGUUGACGGUUGCAUUUUACAAAAAACAAAGCUCUCUCCAAGGCAAUCAAGAAAAUUAUUCAAUUCGCCCCCCCCCCCCCCACUCACCUGGCUAAUUUCCUCUCCUUUGUGUGUUCCAACUCCUCCACUCCCUCCUUACUGAAGAAACAUUCAUGAAGAGCGAUUUAAAUUCAGAGGGACUCGACAAGCUUCUCACUUCUUCUCAAAUGCUUUAAACUCACUGGGGCUAAAAUGAGACAAAUCUGAUUAGCAGGUUCUUAAAUGAAAUGACUCAUCCCACGCUGCCUGUUGGACAGCAGGACAUGUUCGAACAUCCGGAAAUCCCAAGGAGACGCAGCGAGGCGAGGAUUUCCGGAAGCUCCAAUCCUCCGUGUGUAAAUAUGAGACUGGUGGGAGAUUUCUGAGGAAACGGCUCUGUGGGACAUCAGGCCAUAAAGACACUGUGUUUUCCCCCUCUCGACCUGUCUGUUUGUCUGUCCGUCCGUCUGAUAUGUGCACUCAUGUCUGCAUACUGAACUCUAGUGCUGUUCUCUGUUGAAUGUUGCUUUACUUGGGCCUGGACUGCGCCGUCAUGCAGCAGAGGGUAAUAUGAUGACCACACUCCUCCAACCUGACCCCACUAAAGUGACAGAUGCUUCACUUGUGAUGUCAAGCGCUCGUGUCGGAGGUCAAUUGAUUCAUUUAUACACAGCUGUCCAACAACCAUGAGAUCGCAGUGGUGUGUACGUGUCAUGGGAUUGCGGUGUGUGGAUAGGAGGGGGGGUGAAGACAGUGGGGUGCAGAGUGGUUAGAUCUUGGUUAGAUGUGUGGGUGGCAGUACUGUAGAAGGUGUGGUUCAUUUGGUCGACCCAUAUUAAAUCAUCAAGGCUCUCAGCACUUAGACAUCCUUGAAAACCACAUCUGCGCUAGACGGGAUAUGUACGAGAAACACGCACACACACACACGCAUACACACAUAACACACACACCCAUGCGCACACCGUGUACCUUAUCCUGUCAUCCCUCCUUCUCCACACACACCCACUUCCACUUACUGAAAGACACUCAAAACGGGCCGAGAAGAAAAUUGAAUUGUACAUGUUUUAUUAUUUGAGCGGUGCAGUGCUUUAGCCCGGCCCCGUCCUCUGUAAUGGUGUAAUGUAUAUUUCAUUAUAGCCUAAUGGGCUCCAUUAGCGCAGUCUCCUCACAGACAUUCAAGACUUAUUGUUUUAUGGCUGAGAAGGAAGGAUGGAGGGAUGGGGAAGAUAGGAGAGGUAGGGAAGAAAAGGAAAAACAAAGGGUCCCGAAGUGAGGAGAAGUGGUGAGGAGGAAUACAAGCAGAGGUAAAUAAUGCAUAUGGAGAAUCUAUGGAGAGGAAGAAUGAAUGGAAGCGGUGAGGUAGACAGGGAAGACUGCGUAAAGAUCUGAAUGGGUCGUUUUGAGAAAGAUGAGCAAGGAGAAAGCGGAGAGAGCGGAGGACGAAAAAGGUGUGAAAGUCCUCUGGGAGAAAGCUGGAGUGAAGAUGUAUCAUUACUGUGGCUAGAAGAUGUUCUGCAAGCCACAAGUUCAGCUUCACACUCCCAUCACAUUCCUAGGGCUGCCCUUAACCACAUACAGUACACACACACACACACACACACACACACACACACACACACACACACACACACACACACACACACACACACACACACACACACACACACACACACACACACACACACACACACACACACACACACAAACUGACAUUUUACUAGAGUCCAGCAACAGCUCACACUGGAGACAAACUCAAUAAUGUACCACAAGUCCGCAUUGUUGAGAACACUUCACCCUCUUGCAGCACGGCUCCCACUUUCAGACAUACUGUAUAUAAACAGCUCACAUGCAUGCAGUGUUUGUUUUUGCAUUUUACUGGUGCAUAUUUUACUCUUUACAGAAUUAUCAAAAAUGUCAUAACUACUGCAGUUUCAUUUUAAUUAGAUGUACAAGAACCGUCUGGAAUUCAAGGUCUAAUUUGUUCAUUUACAACAGCACUUGAUGGUAUUGAUGUUUGAGAAUUUGAAAAUAUUGAUUUUAUUGAUUUAAAGUAAUAUAAUUUAUAAAUUUAGAAGCAUUUUGUACAUUUCUUUCUAUAUCCAAGGUUGCCUUUUGCAACAACCCACUGAUUGACAAUGAACACUGGUUUAGUUGAUCAUGUUUUUGCAAAUAUAUAAAAUAAUUGUGUUUUUUUUUUUGUGAGUUUGUUUUUAAUCUCAUACUCCCUCGUAACAGUCCUCCUGCCUGUCCUCCUGUACGGUGUGCUCUGCAACAUAGGUAGAUAGCUCAUCACUCUGUUACAUUUGUAGAUUGAGUCUGACAUAUUGCAAAAAAAAAAUACUGUCACCUUCAGAGCAUACAUGUGGGGAUAACUGCUACAGCACUGACAGUACAUGCUAACAAGGCCCUCAAAUCAAAUCCAUCCCUGCUGUAAAGCGUCAUUGCUCUUGCGUUGAGUGAGCGCACUGAAAUAGUUUCCCCAAAUUUGCUAAACAAUAUCUCUCUGCAAUAACAGAGGGCAGGAUGCGUGAGGGCCCAUUUGUGAGCUGGAUAAAACUGUGAGAAACAAACACAGGAUGUACAGACACCUCUGAUGUCAAAAGAGUAGCGCACAACAAAGCUGCUUCUUAGCUUGCAGCACUGUUUGUGCUUACCUGCUGUGUUUUUCUUUAAAAAAAACGGAUAAAUAAAUAAAUAAAAUAAUAGUUAAAAAAAAAGAAAAAUUUGAACUGUGUCAAAUUGGACAGUUGUGAUGUGUUGUCAGUUGCGGUAGGAAGCCAUGAGGGGGAUGAAGAAGACGUCUUUGCAUCCGUGAUCAAAUGUGCAAAGAAAAGAUAAAGUAAAAACAUCUGCUGUGCAAAUGGACACCUCAGACAAGGAGGGACUGACAAUCACAGACUUCUCUCUCUUAUCCAAGUGACCUACUGUACCAUAGACUAUUCCACCAAGUUUCCUCCUCUAUGCUGCCUAUAUUAUAUGUGAUAGUCUUACUCUGGUCUUUAGAAGUGCUACUUUUUCCUUUCUUUUUUGUAAAAUUAAAUAACAGCGGGAGGAAUGAACAAAAACACUUGUAAAAAUGUUAAUAAGCUGCUGGAAGAAAUAGAUAUUGUGAAACUGCUGUGUCCGAGACUGUGUCAGUAUCUAGACUGUACCGUUUCCUUCUUUUGUCUUGCAAGUAGAGGCCAGAAAGAUGGGAAGCUGCGUGGGAUUUACCUAACACACAUAAAGACAUACAGCAGCCUCCAGGAUGCUGAGC